AAUCAAUACAUGUCUAUAGGUGUAUAUAAAUCCCGCGGCAAAGUAAGCCGGCGCGUUAUUUUUUGAUUUUUCUUUGUUCAUUCCGCUUCCGACAUUACAUAACGCACUCCAUCGUUGCUCUUUGAAAGUGAAUAGCGCAACUACUGCAGUGAUUUGAAAUGGCACCUGAAUUGACCAAACCUGCUCCUAAUUUUGAAGGAACUGCUGUGAUAAAUGGGGCUUUUAAAACUAUUAAGCUGAGUGACUACAAAGGAAAAUACCUGGUUUUCUUUUUCUAUCCUUUAGAUUUUACAUUUGUUUGUCCUACUGAGAUCAUUGCCUUCUCGGAAAGAGCUGAAGAGUUCCGCAAAAUCAACUGUGAAGUUGUAGCUUGUUCAACUGAUAGUCACUUCUCGCAUUUAGCUUGGAUAAAUACUCCUCGCAAAGAAGGUGGCUUGGGCAAAAUGAACAUUCCUCUUUUGGCUGACAAGAAUUGUGAAAUUGCUAAAGCAUAUGGUGUAUACAAAGAAGAUGCAGGAAUAUCUUUCCGAGGUCUCUUCAUUAUUGAUGAUGCAGGAAGAUUGCGUCAGAUUACCAUUAAUGAUUUACCUGUUGGAAGGUCUGUAGAUGAAACAUUGAGGCUUGUCCAAGCUUUCCAGUUCACUGAUAAACAUGGAGAAGUUUGUCCAGCCGGAUGGAAACCUGGUGAUGCCACCAUGAAACCUGAUCCUGAAGGAAGCAAGGCUUAUUUUAAGAGCCACUAGAUAUUUUUAUUGCCAUAUUAUUGCAUUUAAAAAAUGGAUGUUUUGAUUUUCUUGGCAGCCUUGUAAUUUUGGAUUUGUUAUUCUCAUAAUAAACAUUAAUAAUUUA